AUGACGCAGCAAAUACCGAGACAGAAGCCCAACGAAACACCAAACAGACCUGCUGCGGUGAAAAAUCACGUUCCUGAGGACGAUGAUGGCCCCCAAAUCGAAACCCCGUCCAGCGUGCAAAAGAUCGCAAAAAAGGCUCCAUCUAAAGAGGCACUGGAUGAGUUGAAGCGCCUUCAGGAAGAGAUUGUUUUGCAAGCCCAUCUCAAUCGCUACAGAGACCCUGAAAACGACACAGCAAAUCCAGAGAGCCUUGCGAAAUGCAGGGAUGGGCCAGGGACCGAUCCAAGAUCAGCUGUCUACGAGAGCAUCGCAAGGUGUAGGCUUGCAGCCAAUCCAAAUGAAACUUCUUCGGAACCAAGGUCUCUCCCAGAGGAUGAGUUUGAAGGCGACGUUGAUGAUAGAUACUUUGUCGAUGACAUCAGGUAUCGCGUCCAGAAAUUUUUCGCUGCGAGAUUUGACGCUCAGCGUGAAGCUUAUCAUAAUAGCGUGUCCGUGUAUCCGGCCAUCGUUGACGGCCAGAUCUUUCUUUCACGCUACCCGAGUCCGGAGCAUGAUAGUCUUCAGACGCAGAAGAGAAUUCCAUCGAACGAUGAGCCCCAGGCUGGUAAUCAGGAUGAUGGUCAUACACCAGAGCACCGCUCUAGGGUUAAGUGGGAGGAUAGGUGGGAAAUGCGUGCUUUUUCUACCCAUGAAGGCUUUCUUGAUUGGUUUCGUUAUUGGCUAGAGAUGGAGACAGACGAUAACUGCAACCUUGACAUCUACCACCAAGCCUUUUUUGACGGAACUGCGCAUACGGAUGGGAUCAGGUCUUUGUUCAUUGUUGACUUGGGAGACGUCCCAACUCGUUUGGACAUGACUGAUGAAGCGACACGUCUCCAUCAUCAUGAAACUGCUGAAGGCUACUGCCACAACCUUGCACUGCAUAUGAAAGCAGCAGAAGAGGAGGCGAGGAUACGCAGAAAACAAGCUCGAGAUGCCUUCAUAGAAGGUCUGAAGGUCUGCUCCCCAAAAGAUCCAAAUAGUCCCAGAGCAAACGUCUAUCUUCGCUGUGUCGAGGAUGGUGAUAUACCAGGACUUCUCAUGAUCCUUAAUUGGUACGGUCAAAGGUCAAACUUGAGUUCGAGCUUAGGAACGCUCGACGAACAAUAUGUGCGCCAACGAAUUGAGGAUAGCAGACGCGCAAGAUUGCCAUUCAUUGUGGCUGCGGAGCGCAGACGGGGACCAUCCGACGAUGACACUCCAGAGAAAAUCCUUGGGUAUGCCUUGGCUACGGAUUCCCUGGGGCCUCAGACCACCGGUCGAUACACAGUGGAGCUAGAAAUUUAUAUCAAGCCUGACCAGAAACGCCGGGGCAUCGGAAAAUGUCUCUUGGACAAGCUCAUCGAAGUAUGCGACGCCACUUAUGUUCCGAAAAGGGGCUUCUUCUACGAUGCCGGCUGUGACGACAAGACUGGCCUUUACCCAGGUGGUUCCCGAACCCUCAAACGUCUCGUCUUCAGCAUCAGCUAUUCGGUCUCUGAGAGAUCCCAGAUCAAGUGGCUCAUUGACUGGCUUAAAAGGGAGUAUCACUUUGAACAGCAAGGCGUGCUCAAGGGAGCUCGAGUCAAAUCCGAGCGAUUGUAA